UCAGGUUGGCAAAACUUCUAAUUCCAGCUAGCUCAUAAAACCUUCCUCUUUACAUUAUGCUCUCCCCAUAAACCCUAUUUCCUGAAAGAGGAACACACUGGAGCUAUGAACGUCCAUUGCCCCUCAAACAACAGAUGAAGAAGCUCGUAGCAGCAGCUAUCAUUUCGCUCUCUAAGAUGUUAGUUUCUCUGCGCAAUCUCUUUUACACCGGUCGCAGAUUCGCUUACAGAGUAAGCCCUCCUCCCUCUUCAAGCCCUAGUGCUCGCCUCCCUUUCUUUUUUUCUUCACCAUCGACAGGACCACAUAAUUCUUUAUUUUAUUGUCCACUAAUCUGGUUGACUGGCUGUCUUUGCAUACUCAGAUUCCCAUUUGUCACCAAAUCAAACCCCACCAAUUUUUUGGAAUAUCUAGACAAAGAAUUCAUCCGUAAAAGCAUUGAACAAGAGCAGUGGAAUAAUCCUGAAAUCGUUAAUCUCAUUGAUUCGUCCCUAGGCCCGAUAUGGGUUUCCAGGGUUUUGGCGGAACUAAAACAAGAUCCUAGAUUAACAUUGAAAUUCUUUAGAUGGGUCAAAACCCGAAAUGGGUUUUGCCUCACAACAGAGUCCUAUUGUAUAUUAGUGCACAUUUUGUUUUCUGCUAGAAUGUACUUUGAUGCUAAUGUUAUUCUUAAGGAGUUGAUUUUGUCUGGCCGGAUUUUGCCUGGUUUUGAUGUUUUUGAAGUUUUGUGGUCGACCAGGAAUGUCUGUGUUCCUGGUUUUGGUGUUUUUGAUGCUUUGUUUAGCGUUUUUAUUGAGUUAGGAAUGCUUGAGGAAGCUGGUCAAUGUUUUUCAAGGAUGACAAGGUUUAAGGUCUUGCCAAAAACACGGUCUUGUAAUGCCCUUUUACAUAAGCUUUCAAUGACAGAGAAAGGGGACUUUUCAAGGAAAUUCUUUAAGGAUAUGGUUGGGGCUGGGAUUACCCCGUCAGUAUUUACAUAUAACAUCAUGAUAGGUUAUAUGUGCAAAGUAGGGGAUAUGGUAGCUGCUAGAAGUUUAUUUGGGCAAAUGAAACAGUUGGGUUUGGCAUCAGACGUUGUCACAUAUAAUUCUCUUAUUGAUGGAUACGGAAAGUUGGGCUUGUUGGAUGAAUCAGUUUGCCUAUUUGAAGAAAUGGAGGAUGUGGGUUGUGAACCUGAUGUGAUAACCUACAAUGCUUUGAUUAACUGUUUUUGUAAAUAUGAACAAAUGCCUAAAGCUUUUGAGUUUUUCCUUGAGAUGAAAAAUAAUGGAUUAAAACCUAAUAUCAUUACUUAUAGUACAUUAGUUGAUGCUUUGUGCAAGGAGGGGAUGUUGCAACUGGCAAUUAAGUUUUUGGUGGACAUGAGACGUGUUGGUCUUUUACCUAAUGAAUUCACAUAUACUUCUCUGAUCGAUGCAAACUGUAAAGCUGGUAAUUUAAAUGAUGCGUUGAAGCUAGCUAAGGAGAUGUUGCAGGUGCAUGUUGAUUUUAACGUUGUUACCUACACAUGUUUACUAGAUGGCCUUUGUGAAGAAGGAAGGGUGAACGAAGCAGAGGAACUAUUAAGAGCAAUGAUAAAAGAUGGGGUAGCUCCAAAUCUAAAAACUUAUACUGCCCUGAUUCAUGGGCAUAUCAAGGAUAAGUGGAUGGAAAAUGCCAUGGGGUUUUUGAAAGAAAUGAUGGGGAAAAAUAUAAAACCUGAUUUAUUACUGUAUGGAACAAUUAUUUGGGGUCUUUGCAGUCAAAGUAAGUUCGAAGAAUGCAAACUUGUUAUGACUGAAAUGAAAGAUUGUGGUAUUAGUGCAAACCCUGUCAUAUACACGACACUUAUGGAUGCUUAUUUCAAGGCAGGGAAGACCAAGGAGGCACUCAACCUUAUGCAAGAAAUGUGUGACAUGGGCAUUGAGAUUACAAAUGUGACCUUUUGUGUAUUAGUUGAUGGUUUGUGUAAAACGGGUUUGGUUCAAGAGGCGAAUAAUUACUUUUCUAGGAUGCCAGAAUUUAAUUUGCAGCCUAAUGUAGCGGUUUAUACUGCCCUAAUUGAUGGUCUGUGCAAAAAUAAUUGCAUUGAAGAUGCAAAGAAGUUGUUUGAUGAAAUGCAGGGUAAAAAUAUGGUUCCAGAUAAAAUUGUGUACACUGCUUUAAUGCAUGGAAAUUUGAAGCAUUGGGAAUUUCAAGAAGCUUUGAAUAUUAGGAGCAGGAUGUCUGAAUUAGGGAUGGAGCUUGAUCUGCAUGCCUACACUUCCCUGGUCUGGGGAUUUUCACAAGGUGGCUUAGUGCAGCAAGCAAGAAAGUUUCUUGCUGAGAUGAUUGGGAAAGUCUGCUACCCAGCAAGGUUCUUAAUUGUAAGUAUUUCCGGGGAUGGGGAGAUGAUUGGGAAGAAAUUUUGCACUGUGUUUGCCUGCUUCAAUUCUUCCAAAAGCUUAUUUAGAGGCAGUCUAGAGACACCUUUAACCAUUUUCAGUUGAGAAGUCAAUGCGGCGUAAAAUAGCUGAGCAGGUGAUGCUGCAGUGGUUCUCAGGUAAAACAGUAAAUAAGUGAGUUGCCCUUUUUUUUUUGUUGGCAUGUUUUCAUCUCUGGUUAAUUUGACUUGCUAUAAUUUCAAUUUUUUGUUUUAAUUGGUCUAUUAUAUAUUAUUAGGUAGGACGGGGUUCCAAAUGAUUCAUCAUGCACACCGAAGGCCAUGCAUCUCCUUUUUCUGGGCCACCCUAGGAGAAUAAACUUAACCCACUGCAGGCUUUACAUUUAUGGCUGAGCUGCUGCUUCUUAAAAAGCAUUUUCACCGUUUCCAUACAGCCUGCAGUGCUGGUAUAAAGAAAUUGAAAAUGUAAAAUGGCUGCUUGGUCCAGUCAGAUCUUAACUAUUUAAUGAUUGUGUGGGAGAGUUUGAUAUAAAUAAGUCGAGUCCAAGUGUAAUAGUCCUAGUGAAGAAACAGUAGCCAUUUCUGGAUUUGAACUUUGAAACAUGAUGAUGAUAUAAUAUAGAUAAAUGUAAGAUAAAGCAGAGUAGACUUGGUACAUCAAUUAAGCAGAGUAGACUUGGUACAUCAAUUCGAAACGCUGUAUGCGAAUGAUGUCAAUUUAGUUUGCAGUACAUGAAUUACAUUUAAUUAAUACUA